CACGCAGGAGGGGAGGAGUCCCGCUGGAAACAGAUAAUCCACUUCAGAAAGUUGGUACUGGCCAAGCCGAUCGAAACAAGUGCUUUUUUCGGGGCUUGGCCGUGAUUUCCGUGGACCGGCGACGCGCAGAUCAGUCUUCAACGAAACGACAACCGGUGCGGAUCGAUCCGGAAAAACCUCUGAACCUUAGGAAUAAGUUGUAUAGUGGAGUGUUGCUAGGACCACAGGAUGCAUACGCCGGGAUCCUCAGUGGCCGGUUACGGGCUGCUGCUGGUCGUCCAGAUUGUGUUCGUGAUUGUGUUUGGAUUCUUCACCGACUACUCGAAGGAACUGCUGCCGAAGAAUGUAACCGGCAUCGGACUGGAGGCGUCACAUGGAGCCGCGGAAGAGAAAUAUCUGCCCAAGUACCCACACUUCCAGGACAUUCACGUGAUGAUAUUCAUCGGUUUCGCGUUCCUGAUGACCUUCCUGAAGCGUUACGGAUUCAGUGCCUCCGGGUUGAACUUGCUGGUGGGCGCCCUGGUCAUCCAGUGGGCCAUCAUUAUGCGCGGAUGUUACGAAAUGGAGGACGGCCGGAUUCCACUCUCGUUGGACAAUCUAAUUGGGGCGGACAUUGCCGCGGCAGCUGUGCUGAUCAGCAUGGGAGCACUGCUGGGCCGGACGACUCCGAUGCAACUGCUGAUCAUGGGAAUCUUUGAAAUUGCGAUUUUUGCGGCGAACGAGUAUUUGCAGCUGGAUUUGAUGAAGGUUGCGGAUGUCGGCGGUUCAAUUACGGUGCACGCCUUUGGGGCUUACUUCGGGCUGGCUGUUAGCUUUGUGAUGAGACCGUCGAAGGAGAACGCCAAGGCGGGACCGAUGGAGGGUUCUUCGUACAGUUCGGAUAUCACUGCCAUGAUCGGAACGAUCUUCCUGUGGAUCUUUUGGCCCAGCUUCAACUCGGCGCUGGUCGACGGUGCCGACCAGGAACGUGCCAUCAUCAAUACGUAUCUUUCGCUGGCGGGAGCCACCGUGACUACGUUUGCCAUUUCGGCGUUGGUGUCCCACGAGAAGAAGUUUGACAUGGUCCAUGUCCAGAACUCGACGCUGGCAGGUGGCGUCGCCGUCGGAUCAAUUUGCAACCUGAUGAUUCAUCCGUUUGGAGCGCUGCUGGUUGGAGUCAUUGCUGGGGUGAUCUCCGUUUUGGGAUACCGAUUCUUGACUCCGGCGAUGCUGUCCGGCGGCCUUCGACUGUCUGACACGUGUGGCGUCAACAAUCUGCACGGAAUGCCAGCCCUGCUGUCGGCGAUCUUCUCCGCCAUCUAUGCUUCGAUGGCAACGACCGAAACUUACGGUAGCUCGUUGACCACCAUUUUCCCGGCCAUGGCACCGGCAGUUAACUCGACAAUGGGAGGUCACGAAAGUGAAGAGUUUGUCAUUGGAGGAUUUGGACGCACUGCAGCGAAGCAAGGAGCCUACCAACUGUUGGCCAUCCUGUUGACCGUCCUGAUCGCAAUUGUUGGCGGAUUGUUUACAGGGUUAGUUCUGAAAUCGCCGUCGGUUCGCCAGCUGGAAAAGGAUGAACUCCACAAGGACGAAACGUACUGGGAAACGCCCUCUGAGGCGAGCGGUGCCACCACAAACACCGCCAUCCCUACCGUUGCCAGCUCCAUCAGUUAGUUGCCGUUGUGACACGUGUUUGAAUGUUGAAAUUUUCACACUAGUUAGAAACUGGGUUCAAUGUCCGCUACUCAGGCACGAAUUAAAAAUUCAGUGCUUUUUAUUUGAGGUUCAUAACCUCAACUGGCACCAAUUUGUGAAGUAAAAGAUUAUGUUCAGAGUA